AUGUGGGAAUCAAAUAAACAAUAUCAUUCAAAUACGAUGGAAACGAUUGCAGCGAUGUUGGAAGCCGAACAAUUGGAUUGGCAAGAGGUGAUCAAUUUUCAUCACCCAAAUUUUAUGUACUUUCUGAGAAACAGUAGUAUCAGUAUUGUUAUGGCUGUUCUCACAAGAUACGAUCGUCAUCAAAACACUAUUUUCCAUACUGCUGCAUUUUGUCCUCCACGCGAUGAUUUCAUCAAUGAUAUACGAAUACUUCUUAGAAAGCUUGACUACAAUAUAAGUGCGGAUCUUCAAAAUCUACUAACUCAAAGAAAUAUAAAUGAUGAAACACCAUUACAUUUAGCUGCUAUGCAUCAAAAUAUUCAAUAUAUUAGAAGUUUGGUUGGAUUGCAAGUAGAUGGUAGUCUUGUCGAUAAUAGAAAUUUGACGGCGUUGGAUAUUGCCGUUUGGUUAGACAAGAAAGAAUGUAUAAAUCUAUUGACGAGUUUACGCAGUUCAAAGAUGACAGUAAGCAAUGGAACCGGUGGAAGUGUUCCAAUCUAUCAAUGGGGUCAGAUGUUGUGUCCGUCACUAUCGUUGAUUGCUACUGGCACACCAACAGGGGUGUUGUUCAACCAGAAAGAACACUCGCCAACAACCAUCAAAUUCGGUCAGAAUUUCGCUGUGAUGCUGACCGAUACCGGUGGCGUUUAUAGUUGGGGUUUGUGUAGUUAUGGAAAACUAGGUCAUCCAACAAAGAACGAUAUCUCUAUUCCAUCGAUGAUUAGCGCAUUCAAGAACAAACAAAUUACACAGAUUGCCUGUGGUAAAGAUCACAGCUUGGCAUUGGAUGAAAUCGGUGUCGUCUAUGCAUGGGGAAAUGGAUCCGGUGGAAGACUUGGUCUUGGAAACAGUGAGGUCGUAAGCAUUCCAAAGAUCAUACCGCAUUUCGAAGAUGAGAAAAUCACUUCGAUUGCCUGUGGACAAGAGUUCUCGCUGGCUCUGUCAGAUUCUGGAAAGGUCUUCUCAUGGGGUAAAGGUCUUCAUGGAAAUCUGGGUUACGAUGUAAGCACUAUGCUCUCCCAAUCGACACCGAAAGUGAUUCCAAUGCUUCCACCUGCCUCACAGAUUUCUUGUGGAAACUGGCAUUCCAUGGUACUCAGUAAAUCUGGUGAUGUCUAUACUUUUGGUUCAAAUAUCGAUUGCCGUCUUGGUCACAGCGGAAAUGGUAGCACACCAACUAUGGUGCAAAUCGGAAGUAAAAUUAAGAAGAUCGGUGCUGGUGCCAAUUUCAAUGCCGUUCUUUCGGAAUCGAAUGCUAUUUAUACCUGGGGAAGCAAUAUACAUUGUCAGCUCGGUGUUUUGCUGCCAGAUCAUAGAAAUUACACUGGUGAACCACAGGUUGUAAAGACAUUGCUUCCAUACCCAAUUAGUACGAUUGAGGUUGGUUAUGAACAUGUUGUCGUCUUGACAGACACUGGUGAAGUAUUCACUUUUGGAGAUAAUUCAAUGAUGCAAUGUGGUGUUGGUGAAGCAAUCAAGGAGGUAUGCAACUUCACAAGAGUAAAGAUUCCAGAUAAUUCCACUGUCUUUAAGAUCGCUGCCGGUGGAAACUCAUCGUUGAUCUCACUCUCCAGUGGUCACAACAUCUAUGGUUCCGAAUUGGCAUCGCUGCUCACCGAUGAGUCAUUAGUGGAUUUGAGAUUCAUUGUAAAUGGAGAUACCGCUCAAUAUGUAAAUUGUCAUCGAGCAGUGGUUGCUUGUAGAGUUCCAAAACUGUUGCCAUUGAUCUCCAGUGAGAUAAAGAAUCCAAACUCAGACAACUCUCACGAGAUUUCAAUCACCUCUAAGAUUACCGCAUCAACCAUUAACAAAAUUAUCUACAUAGAUUUCAAACAAAUUUCAUUUGAAUCAUUGAAACUAUUCAUUAAAUUCAUUUAUACUGAUCAUGUUCCAUUGAUUCAACAUUAUGUCGAUGAAAUUGGAAUGUUGUCGACAUGCUUGGGAGUUGAAAGAUUGGCAUUUUUAUGUAAUUUAGUGUUAGGUAAAACCAAAUCAUUGGAAUCGAUUCCAUCUUCAAAUUUGUCAGAGGAUUUCAAGAAACUCAGUGAUCCAACAUUUGCCGAAUCGUUGUAUGACAUUACUUUCAAGGUACACGAACCAUCUGGAAAUAUUGCCGAGGUUCAAUCAUUCAAGGUGAUGUUAUGUUUGCGUUCGAAAUAUUUCAAGAUGAUGUUGAGUGGUAGUUUUAUUGAAGGAUCAAUGAAUUCCAUUAAUAUCCACGACGUCUCUAUCUCCUCAUUUAAAGAUCUACUACACUAUUUCUAUUGUAACGAAGUACCGAGUGACCCCAACGAUUGUUUCGAGCUGGUGAUCUUAGCGGAUUUCCAUCAGAUCGCAAGAGCAAAGGAGUUGUGUUCCGCCGUGAUCAGACCAUCGAUUGACAACACUUCACUGCUAUUCAUGUUUCAAUUCUCAAAGCAAUACGAUCUUAAAUCCCUUACUGUCUGGUGUGAAUCUAGAAUCUCUCAAGUUCCAAACGCAGAGCUACUCGAAGGAUUCGAUCGUCUCACAGAAGAAAAUCAAAAGUUUGUUAAAGAGAAUUGCGCUAAAGCGCCACCAAAAGUUGAAGGUUUCCGUUCAUCGACACCCGACUCGGCAUCUCAAGAACAAAGACAUUAUAGAAGAAAGCCAAAGAACCAAGAAAAACCAAAGAAAUCUUGGUUCUUUGGUUAA